AUGGUGGAUGUCAUCGAGAAGAAAAGAAAGAAGGUGUCUCUCAAUGGAGUCGACAGCAAGAAAUUAACUAAACCAUCGAAAAUCUUUAGUCCCUUCCGAGUUUUGGGUAAUGUCACUGAUGCAACACCAUUUGCAAUAGGAACACUUGGGUCUACAUUUUAUGCGGUCACAUCCGUUGGUAGAUCAUUUCAGAUUUAUGAUCUUGCCACUUUGCAUUUACUUUUUGUUUCUCAAAAACAGACAAAAUCCAAGAUUACUUGUUUUGUAACUCACUAUCAUUAUGUGUUUGCAGCCAGUGGGAAUGAGAUUGGUGUUUACAAAAGAGGCAAAUUGGAAUACACGUUGAGAUGCGAGACGGAUGACGUUAUUACUCACUUGUGUUAUUUUGGAGAAUACCUUAUCGCAAGUGUUGGUAAUGGAGAUUUGUAUGUUUUCAAGAAAAGGCAAGAUCAGCCUGGAUCCGAGAGUUACAAGUUCCCUACUGAGUUGUACACGGUAAUUAAGCACGUCAAUGUUGACGUUGAUGGAGAAAUUGUUGGAUUGAUACACCCACCAACGUAUUUGAACAAGGUUAUCGUUGCCACUUCUGGUCACAUUGUUAUCGUCAAUGUUCGUUCAGGAAAAUUGCUUUAUAAAUCUCCAUUGCAUCAAUUUGAUGGAGAAAGUAUUACCACAAUAGAAUCUGCACCGGUUCUUGAUCUAGUGGCUGUUGGAACUUCUGUUGGAAACGUUUACAUAUAUAAUUUGAGAAAAGGUGCGAUAAUAGGAGAAAAGAUUGUCACUUCGGGAGCAGAAGUGUCAAGUAAAGUAACCUCCCUUUCAUUUCGAACAGAUGGAUCGCCUCAUUUAGUAGCAGCGUUGAACAAUGGUGAUUUAUAUUUUCAUGACUUGAACAAAAAUGCUAGAAUACAUACCUUGAGGAAUGCACACAAAGAAGCACAUGGCGGUGUAUCAAAGGCACAGUUCUUAAAUGGACAACCAAUAGUUUUGACAAACGGUGGUGAUAAUCACCUUAAAGAAUUUGUGUUUGACCCGAGCCUUACGACGACUAAUUCGUCAAUUAUUUCACCGCCUCGUCACUUGAGAUCUAGGGGUGGCCACUCUGCUCCACCCACGGCAAUUUUGUUCCCCGAAGAAGACAAAACACAUUUUCUUUUGAGUGCGUCGCGAGAUCGUUCGUUUUGGAAUUUUUCAUUGAGGAAGGACGCUCAAGCUCAAGAAUAUUCGCAACGUUUGCACAAGUCAAAGGAUGGUAAGCGACAAGCGGGACAAGUUGCCUCAUUGAAGGAAAAAUUUCCUGAAAUCACCGCUAUUUCAAGCUCUGAGGCUAGAGUUGGUGAUUGGGAAAACAUAUUAACUGCACACAAAGACGAGCCUUUCGCCAGAACUUGGGACUCUUCCACCAAGAGAGUUGGUCGACAUGUACUCAACACUGUAGACCAAGGGAUGUGUAAAGCAGUAUGUAUUUCGCAAUGUGGUAAUUUUGGUUUGGUGGGAUCUGCAUUGGGAGGAAUAGGAGUUUAUAACUUGCAAUCGGGAUUGUUGAGGAAAAAAUAUCUUCUCCACAAGCAAAGUGUUACUGGAUUAGCCAUUGAUGGAAUGAAUAGGAAGAUGGUAAGUUGUGGUUUGGAUGGUAUAGUUGGCUUUUAUGAUUUUGGAAAAUCAAAAUAUUUGGGAAAACUCGAUUUAGAAGCACCCAUUACAUCCAUGGUUUACCAUAACCAAUCUGAUUUGGUUGCUUGUGCACUAGAUGAUUUGUCAAUAGUUGUUAUUGACGUUACAACUCAGAAAGUUGUGAGAGUGUUGUACGGCCACUCGAAUCGAAUUUCAGGCUUGGACUUUUCACCUGAUGGACGUUGGAUUGUCUCAGUUAGUUUGGACUCUACAUUACGUACUUGGGAUUUACCAACAGGUGGGUGCAUUGAUGGUGUAGUUUUACCCGUUGUCGCAACUUCAGUCAAGUUUUCUCCAUUGGGCGAUGUUAUUGCCACUACUCACGUAUCUGGUAAUGGUAUAUCAUUAUGGACAAACCGUGCUCAAUUCAAGCCCGUCUCAACGAGACAUGUGGAUGAGACCGAGUUCUCAACAAUCUUGUUGCCAAACGCAUCUGGAGAUGGGGGUGCAUCAAUGUUGGAAGGUGCUUUAGAUGCCGACGAAGACGAAGAAGAUGGGAAUAACGAGUUUAGUUUUGGCAAAUACGAAUCAAAGGAACAAAUAACACCAGAUUUGAUCACUUUAUCAUCCGGUUCAAGAACCAAAUUCAACACUUUACUUUAUUUGGAUACUAUUAAACAAAGAAACAAGCCUAUCGAGGCACCAAAGAAACCCGAAAGAGCGCCAUUCUUCUUGGGGUUGACAGGAGAGGCCGUAGGUGAUAGAGCAUCAGUGGCAGAAGGAAAAACACAACCAAAACCUCUGGGUGGGUCAAGUGAAGAAAAUAUAGGAUGGAGUGAAGAAAAUGUGGGCAGUGGAGUUGAUGGUGAACAAAAUUCGAAGCUUUUGCAAUUGAAGUUUGAGAAUGGUGCUGUUCCUUCAUUUGAAAGUGAAUUCACCAAGAGCUUGAGAAUUGCGGGCACUACUGACAACUACGAUGCGUUUGUAAAGUAUUUGGUAGGUUUGCCACCCGCAGCAAUGGAUUUAGAAAUUCGUUCAUUAAAUUCACAACCGCCAUUAACUGAAAUGGUAUAUUUUGUCAAGGCUUUGAUUUCGGCGUUAAAAUCUAAGCAAAAUUUUGAAUUGGUUGAAACCAUUUUCUCCAUGUUUUUAAAAGUUCAUGGUGAUGUCAUACACCAAUUUGAAAAUAUCGAUAAUCUACACGAUGCAUUGGCAGAUUAUUCUUCUAUCAACUCAGAUAUGAAUGAAGAAAUUGAAACAACAAUCAAGUACUGUUCCAGUAUCAUCAAUUUCAUCAGGUAA